AGACAACAUCAUUUCUAGUUAACUUUAUGAGUUUUUCUUCAAGAAAAGUCCUCUAAUGCUCAUGAACUAUGUCACUUACUUCUCAAGCAACCACAUUUUUGAAUGAUGCAGGUCCGUGUUACCCGGGUUCUUCAACCCAAAACGGGAACUUGCGAUUUACCCCUUACCUACUUUAUGAGAGCAAAACUAACCAAAUACUUCAUCUAGCUGGACUCGAAAAAUCUCUCCGCUUUUUCCAAGCGCUGACACAACUUAUCUCAUGCAACGCUCAUAAGCCUACUCCAUGCCUAAUAGCUCGAAAGCAGAUAGCACUUGGUAAUCUCACCCCCAUUGCUGAUAAACCCCAUGCACUCCUGAGGUUAACAUACGCAAGCACGUCGCUAUUUCCGAAUCCCAAAAAUAAUUCCAGCAUUCAACAACUCUGUGACUGCUUUCUCUCCAGCAAACACCGCAAAUGGGAGGCUAUUGAUGUGGCUCGAUAGUACGCGGUGGAUGUGUCAAGGGAUGUAUUUGUUCACGGAGACUUGUACGUUGGUAUGUCAAAACCUCUCAUUUGGUGAUGAAAUACUCGAUAUGUUGUUGUAAUGACCAGAAUAGCUUGAUACGAUGGGUGUCACAGAACAUCAGUGGGCGGGAUGGAUGACGAUAGAAGCAAAUAAAUUCUGGUUCUACGCAUUAUUCUUGGGCAUCGUUAUUGGGAUUUUGCAGCUGGCUAGUUUAUCUGCGCCAAUGUCCCCUUCGUCGGAAGAUGAGAAGGAGGAAGAAAAGGUUAAGGAGAAGUUCACAGAAUUGGAAAAGAAGUACUUCCAAAAGAGGAGCAAGAUUAUGAGACAGUUGAUGGUAGAUGGUUGCGACCUAGUCAUUCCAAGUGGAGUCGUGGGUUGGUAUGUGGCUUCAUGUAGCAAUACCUCUAUGCUUAUGCUCACGAGUACUGUUCUGGCUGCUGUAGAUAUUUGGGGUCGUGUGAACAGUACAGGGUAGACUUAGACAAUGGGAUGAUGGCCGUACUCUUACGUUGGCUAGAUAGAGAUAGACUUUCUUAAA